CAGUUGGACGUGUAGAUUUUGUGCGUGAGGAUCGAAAUAUAUUAUUGUGACUCUCUUUUUAAUACUUUAACAUGUGAGUGAUGAGUUGUACCGAAAAUGAGAGUGGCCCUUUUGUCGUGUUCUUCUUACCAGCGGUCGUUGGCUGUCUGACUAUACUUUUGGCUAGACGUUGGGCUAACUCCCAGGUCUGCAAUACUUCUUCCACUGCUGUGUCUAGGCGGAGGAAAAUCAUCAAAGACCCGCUUGUAAAGCGACCCUUGCCACCUAUUGCCUGCAAAAUGGUGCCCCCUGGGACUAAGAAAGCGUCUGGAGUGAAAAAGGGAGCCUUCCCAGUUCCAGAAGAGGAAAUGAAUGGAGGAACCAAGCGUGUUCGCAGCACGCGUCUUCCUUCAGCUACUGGUGGAUUAGAAGGGACAUUAGCACCUAAACACAUUCCUUUCCCAUAUAUACCACAGGAUGGGGAGCUGUUGUUUGAAGCAAUGACAUUUGUGUUUACACUGGUGGCAUCGGGGCUGCAGUUUCUCAACCUGUACAGGACAGUGUGGUGGCUACCGCACUCACACACUAACCAGGCAAUGAACUUUUACCUGAUGGAGCCGCACCUGGUGGCGUUCAUCGUGGCGCUGCUGAGCCGGCGCUGCGCGGCGGCGGCGGCGCGCGCGGCGCUGCGCGCGCUGCUGCCGCCCGCCGCGCGCCCGCACGCGCACGCCGCCGCCGGGAUGUUCAUAUUGGGCGUCGUGCUGGGGGCGAUGGCCUGGUGCGCCUACUUCAUUUACUUAAAGUAUCCUCCUGUCAAAAUAUUUUACCUGUUAUAUCCAGCAAUAAUCUACUUCAUGCUAUUCGGAUUCCAAGCAAGUCCGUUUCUGGAGUUGCAUAAUGGGGACCCUCCACUCCACUGUUGCUCGCACGACCCCUGCCAGAUCCGCACGGAGGUCGAGGCGCUAAGGCUGGACUUCAACAUGAGGGUUAAGAAGAUACUCUUUAAUUCAGUCGCUGGAGCGUACUAUUCUAGUUUUGUGCCUCUGUGUUUUGCGCAGUCGUACCUGUACUAUGACGUGUACAGCGCGUCCCAGCAGGUGGCGUUCGUAUGGGGCGGCCUCUUCGGCCGGUACUGCAGCCAGCUGCUCUCGGCCGCCUACUGCGACAUAUCGCACCGAGCCAGCAAACACCUGGAGAACAAUCGACCAGAUGCAAUCCUAACAAAUGGCAACUCCGGAUGGACGGAGUGGCGCGUGUGGACGCGAGGUUCGAUAUUGGGCCCCGACGAGGCGCAGUUCGGACGGUUUUAUGCGGUGUUCGCGAACCCAUCAAUGCUACUAUGCAUGUUACUUUGCCUCCAGCUCUCCUUAAUAGCGCUCCAAUUGUGCCUCUUAUUCAGCUCAAUACCCUGGCAUAACUUCCUGUCAAUAGUUAUACUAAUAUUUAUCAACUACUACACUCUAUUCAAAAUGGUUAGGGACUAUUUAGUAGCGUGGAAAGUGUAUAAAGCAGAGAACAUGAUACAAGAGAAAAACUACGGUUUAAACUACCCGCAAAAUUAAGUAUGGUCACGAGUAUUAAUAUGUAUACACUUUGGUACCAUGUCACAUUAACUUUUUUGAGAAAUUGAACUGUAAGUCUCACUAAAUGUCAAAUAUGUUAGUGCGACAGAGUCCUAAAGUGGGUACAUUAUAUUGCUCAUGACUGUACCAGCCAUUGGAAUUUCGGCGCACAAAUAUUGGUAUUAUAUCUCAAAAAUAAUAGUUUUGUUGUGUUGUGUGAUUUGUCUUGUGAAGAAUAAACAACAUGAAAAAUAAGUAAAAUAUUUGGAAGAAAUCCGAAUGUUCAAUACUACUAUAAUGGUCGAGACUGUGUUAGUAAAAUUAUAAGAACGGUGCUAAUUCCUGCAGACGCCAUCUUGUUUUAAGUUAUAGCUCUCAUUCUCUCAUCCGUUGAAAAAGAAAGGGACGGGUAUUCGACAGGCAUAAAAUUUAUGGAAUACACGUCAAUUUUAAGCAGAAAUCUAAAACAACCGUCUAAAAAUUUUACAGCCAAUAACCCGACAGAAUUAAGUAGACAGCACGUCAAACGGAUUGCAUACCAGGGAGAUGCAUAUUUUAUUUGUACGGGUUAUUCAUUCAUUUUAAAAUUAACUUGUUGACAAUCGUCCGUCCCUUUCCUUUUCGGCGGAUAAGAAAAUGUCGGGUAUAACUUAAAAUAAAAUUAGGUGUCUGCAGGAAUCGGGGCCAUUCACUGUUACACAUUUGAAAUAAUAUUAGCAAUUUAUUUAACACUGUUCAUAACUUUAGACACACAUUUCACAUGGCUCAGCAAUAACUGUAGAAAUUGAUCUGUUGUUAAAUUUGCAUAGUUGUGUAUGGAUUGUACUUAAUGUUUGUUUUAAAGUGCUCACAGUUAUAUUAAGGAUUCAGUUCGAACAAAUAUGUAGCAUUGAAUGUAAAAUUGUAUAAGACUGACGUAAAAUUAAUCGGGUCUAUUGUAAAAGAAAUUAUUUGAAAUGUCACCUAGGUAAUUCAUUUCAGCCCUCGCGACACAGCAACCGCAACGCGCGCGGCGCGAUUUAUAUCGUAGGCUUCGACCAAUAGCCGUGCGACGUCUAUACAUGUAGAUAGCAUUCGUUGCGUCUAUAGGUCGAAACCCUUGGUGUAACACGCGCCGCGCGCGGCGUGCAGAGCUUGCUAUUUUGUUAAGAAUUUUAAGUAAAUGACCCAUUAUAUCUAGAACCGUCUUUAGUUUCGCGACUAGUAUUCAGUGAGGUCUUUUCAUAUUGGAUUCGACGGAUAACAACUUAUACUAAUACACGCUAAAGCCGCCGACAAAACUUGCACUCGCCGCCAUUUUGGCGAUAUGUCGCAUGCUCCGUUGCCCGAUACGAUGAUACUUCAGUAUUUCGAUUUGAAGUGUGUAUUGCGUAUUGGCUCGGAUGGGGCUAGACAGUACAUCGGUCGCAAGAUGCACUAAGUACUCACAUUCACUCAGAAAUAUACAGUCAGCAGGGAUGCACUGCUUAAACAACUUCCAUCAAACACUUCAAUCACUGCUCAAAACCCGACUACUAUUUUCAUAAUAAAUAUAAGUAAAUUGUUUAACAUUUAACCUGACAGACCCAACUUUUAAGCGGUGUUUUUAAAUUGUUUAUCUUUGAACUAGUACGAAGUCAUAAUAAUGCUAAUAUAUGUUUAAGUGGACAUUUUGGUAGAUUUGUGUAUGGGACAUAGAUCAGCUGUGGAAAUGUGAACAAUAUAUGUACUUGCCAUAUAAAA